AGAAGUUCAUUUGCAGCCACCUCCCUUUUCCUUUUUGUUGUGGGGGAUAUUCGUAUGUAGUCCUCAAAUUUGUCUGGUCCAUGAUUGGUUCUUCAAGCAUAUUCCGAGCACUUCAGAUAUGGCUCCUCAACAUAUUCUCCUUAAAGCAGAGGACAAAAUGAAGGAUAUUCUUGUCGCGGUUGAUUUGAUUCUGAGUUCGUGGACCCUGUAGCUGACUGUAUUUACCAAAAUACCCUCCACGCAAUUAGAUCCGUAUAAUACUAAUCUUCUAAAUUUAAUUGUAUUAGAAGUAAUUACAAGGCGUUUAAACACGAUAAUAAUUUUAAUUAAGGAGACAAAGAGUGUUUAGUAAUUUCUUGCGACCAAAAUAAGUUAACGUGAAUUUGAAAAUACUAUACUCCCGCGUCAGCGGGUUUCAUACAAUUUCUGUGCUACUCACUUCAAACAAUGCCACGAAUGCUAACAAAAAACCCUCUCGCGGUAAAACAAGUUGCUUUCAUGGGUAUAUCUGUGCGACCGCUGGUGACACGAUCAAUGAGUCUGCUUUCUUCCAUUUCCCGGUACACUUAAACGUCAAAAAGCCGGUACUCCGUUGACAGAGACAGGGAGAGAGUUUUUUUAAGGGACUUUUUUCCCCUCUCUUCUUCUGCAAAUUUCUUCAGACUUCAUGUCGACGGAGAGGCUUCUCGUUAAUGGCUUCGUUAAGUCGGACGCUCCAACGGCGGCGGCACCCGGUGUGUCUCCGCAGGGAUGGAUCUUCGAUGAAUUGCCGAUGGCUACAGUUGUAUCUGUGUCCGGAACCGACACCGCGGAUAUCAGCCCCAUGGUUCUCUCGUACACCUUUGAGUUGCAAUACAAGCAGUUCAAGUGGCGCUUAGCGAAUAAGGCCUCGCAAGUUCUCUAUCUACAUUUCGCUUUGAAGAAACGUGCAAUCAUCGAGGAAUUCCAUGAGAAGCAAGAGCAGGUUAAAGAAUGGCUUCAAAGCUUUGGAGUAAUAGAUCACGCAGCAGUUGUUGAAGAUGAGGAUGAACCUGAUGAUGGGGCUAUUCCUCUACAUCAUGAAGAAAGUACUAGGACCAGAUAUGUUCCAUCAGUUGCUGCUUUACCAAUUCUCCGCCCAUCUCUAGGAGGGAAACAGAGCGUCUGGGGAAGGGCAAAGGCAGAGAUGCAAGGUUAUCUAAAUCUCUUCCUGGGAAACUUGGACAUUGUAAAUUCUCGAGAGGUUUGCAAGUUUUUAGAGGUCUCAAAAUUGUCAUUUUCGGGGGAGUACGGUCCAAAGUUGAAGGAAGGUUAUGUCACGGUUGGGCAUCUAUCUCAAAUUUCUAACACUGACACUGAGAUAGGCUGUUGUCCAUGCCGUUGGCUCAGUUGUUGCAGUGACAAGUGGAUAAAGGUUUGGGCUGUUCUGAAACCCGGUUUCUUUGCCUUACUGGAAGAUCCUUUUGAGACAAAACUCUUAGACAUAAUUGUGUUUGAUGUCCAACAAUCCUCAAAUGGAAAAGAAGAAUCUCGAGUGUAUUUGGCAGAGCAGAUAAAGGAACGUAAUCCAUUGCAUUAUGCAUUUAAGGUAUCUUGUGGAAAUCAGAGCUUUAAGUUAAGAACUUCCAGCAAAGGUAAAGUUAAACAAUGGAUUGCUGCGAUCAGUGAUGCCGGCUUAGGGCCUCUCGAAGGGUGGUGUCGUCCUCAUCGUUUCAGUUCCUUUGCUCCUCCAAGGGGUCUGACUGACGAUGGGAUUCAUGCUCAAUGGUAUAUAGAUGGGGAAGCAGCUUUUGAUGCAAUUGCUUCAGCCAUAGAGAACGCAAAGUUAGAGAUUUUCAUUACUGGCUGGUGGCUUUGCCCGGAGUUGUAUCUAAGACGCCCUUUUCAAAGCAAUUCUUCCUCUCGCUUGGAUAAGCUGCUUGAAGAAAAAGCAAAGCAGGGGGUGCAGAUCUAUAUUCUUCUCUACAAGGAAGUUGCACUUGCUCUAAAAAUUAACAGUUUAUACAGUAAGAAUAGACUCCUUAAAAUUCAUGAGAAUGUGAGGGUACUGCGCUAUCCUGAUCAUCUCUCAACUGGGAUUUACUUAUGGUCACAUCAUGAAAAGCUUGUUAUUGUUGACCACCAGAUUUGCUUUAUUGGAGGCCUAGAUUUAUGCUUUGGACGGUAUGAUACAAUCGAACAUAAAGUUGGUGAUUGCCCCCCUGAUAUAUGGCCUGGGAAGGACUACUAUAAUCCGAGAGAAUCUGAGCCAAACUCCUGGGAAGACACCAUGAUAGAUGAACUAGACCGUCAUAAAUAUCCACGUAUGCCAUGGCAUGACGUCCAUUGUGCUCUUUGGGGCCCACCCUGUCGUGAUGCUGCGAGGCACUUUGUUCAGCGAUGGAACCAUGCGAAGAGAAAUAAAGCUCCAAACGAACAAACUAUUCCACUACUUAUGCCUCGCCAUCACAUGGUCAUACCUCAUUACAUGGGAAGAGGCAGAGAGAUCAACAUUGAGAGCAAAAGCACCGAGGACGCUGGAAAAGAUGUGCGUGAACAGACUGCAUUUCCAAAGCAGUCACUAGUGCAGGAUAUCCCAUUUCUUCUGCCUCAGGAAGCAGAUGGUGCAGUUGUUAACUCUUCAGGGGCCAAGAAGUUAAAUGGCACAUGCACAAAACAUAAUCUUAUUGAUCAGCCAACUGGAAAUUGUGGAAAAUUUUCAUUUUCUUCACAGAAGUCUGAAACUGAAACCUUAGUCCAAGAUACACAGACAAAAAGGUUUGCAGAUGAUAUUGAUUUCUUGGAUCUCCAAAGUGAAACAAUUUUGAGUGUGGGGGCACAAACUAGGGUGAAACUUUCUGAUGAGGAAUGGGGAACAUCAGAUGAUGGAGAUCCCAUUCAUGAAACUGGGCAAGUUGGACCUUGCACUGCAUGCCACUGUCAGAUUAUCAGAAGUGUCAGUCAGUGGUCUGCUGGAACAAGUCAAGUUGAAGAAAGCAUUCAUAAUGCUUACUGUUCUCUCAUUGAGAAGGCAGAACAUUUUAUUUACAUUGAGAAUCAGUUUUUCAUAUCUGGUCAUUCAGGAGAUGAGAUCAUACAGAAUCGUGUCCUGGAAGCAUUAUACAAACGUAUUUUACUGGCUCACAAAGAGCAAGAAUGCUUCCGAGUCAUUGUUGUCCUACCACUCAUACCUGGGUUCCAGGGGGGAAUAGAUGAUGGCGAUGCAGCUACUGUUAGAGCCAUUAUGCAUUGGCAGUAUCGGACAAUAUCUAGAGAAAAAACCUCUAUCCUGCAUAAUCUCAAUGCUCUGCUUGGCUCUAAAUCACAAGAUUACAUCUCUUUUUAUGGUUUGAGAUCAUAUGGUAGACUUUUUGAUGGCGGUCCUGUUGCCACAAGUCAGGUUUAUGUGCAUAGCAAAUUGAUGAUCGUGGAUGAUCGUGUCACCUUGAUUGGAUCAUCUAAUAUAAAUGACAGGAGCUUGCUUGGUUCAAGAGAUUCUGAGAUUGGUGUUGUAAUUGAAGACAAGGAAUUCACUGAAUCAUCCAUGAACGGAAAGCCUUGGAAAGCUGGAAAAUUUGCUUACAGUCUCCGGAGCUCUCUGUGGUCGGAGCAUCUUGGUCUUCAACCAGGAGAUAUUAAUCGGAUCAUUGAUCCUGUAAGAGAUAGCACCUAUAAGGACUUAUGGUUAGCAGCUGCCCAGGCGAAUACCAAGGUUUACCAAGAUGUAUUUGGUUGCAUACCCAAUGAACUCAUUCACUCAAGAGCUGCUCUAAGACAAAGCACAUCGCAUUGGAAAGAGAAACUCGGAUACACAACCAUUGAUCUUACUAUAGCUCCAGAGAGAGUAGAGUUCUGCGAGAAUGGUGAAAGUAAGACAAUGGACCCAAUGGAGAGGUUGAAAUCUAUCAGGGGACAUCUCGUUUCUUUCCCUUUAAAUUUCAUGUGCCAAGAAGAUUUAAGACCAAUGUUCAAUGAGGGUGAGUUCUAUGUACUCCCCCAAGUAUUCCAUUGAAUUUAUAGAAAACUAAUGUAAAUAGGCAAAAAAAUAUACGACCAGAUUUAUGUAAUUGUUUAUUGUAAGACAAAAAGAAACGAAAAAUUUAGAGUUGAGUUCUUGCGUAAUGCCUCUCCAAAGUCCAUACCCAGUUGUGGUUAAAUAACUUGUCAAGCGGGAAUGCAGCAGGCCUAACGUAUCAGUGCUCGGGCUCCGGGCCAUCACCGACGAGUCACCUUCAAACCCUUUGACAAGACGGGUUAGCUUUUUCUCUUUUUCGCCUUUAAAAUGUUCCUCUUUUUCUCUUCCAUCGAGAUGUGGGAUUUGACAAUAACCAUUGAAUUUGCCA